AUUUAGAGAGAGGGGUUGUUAGUCGGCGGCGGUAGGGCGGCAGCAGCAGCCCACAGCACCCAUGUUCAGUGGAGAGUCAGUGGAAGGUUCCCCCAGAUGACCGACGCAGACGUCUGGGAAUGACAGCCGCUGUCACCGAGAGUGACAGCUUUCGCUCUCUGUCGCCGCACCUUGACUAGCCUUGACUAGCCCCGGAGUGACGCGCUCUAUCAGUCGCACGCCAAAGAAGUGACACGGAGCCGGUCAGAACUAUGCCAGAGAUGGAGAAAGGGAGACCGCCGGAAAACAAACGCAGUAGGAAACCCGCGCACCCCGUAAAGAGAGAGAUCAACCAAGAGAUGAAGACGUUUGCAGAGAGCACCAUGAAUGAGCUCCUAGGCUGGUACGGCUAUGACAAGUUGGAGCUCAGAGACUCCGAGGCCACCGAGAUACGGAACUACCCCAACCGUGAGAGACGCCAGCAGCACGUCUCAGUUCUUAAAGAAAACUCGGUGCCCAAAUCCAAGAGCCUAGACAGCCCCAUGACACUGGCCAUGAGGAGUGGAGAGAGAGAAUCAUCCAGAGUCCCCUCUUCCUCCCCCGGUUCCUCCUCUCUGACCAGCCCUAAGGAGCAAAAGAGUGCCCCCGUAAUUGUCCCGCUUAUAAAGCCAUCGGCAGUGGAAGACGUGCAGAAUGUGCAGAUAGUGUGUGUGUGGUGUCAGAAGGAAGGGGUGAAGCGCUACUCUCUCUGUAUGGGCACCGAGCUGAAGAGCUUCUGUAGUGAGAAGUGCUUCGCCGCCUGCCGACGGGCCUACUUCAAACGCAACAAGGCCCGGGAUGAGGACCUCCAUGUAGCGGAGAGGUCCCCCCAACACACCCAUGCUGAUGACUCACCACGACUCGUGCUGAACAGUGGAGGUGCCAGAGUGUGCAACUGGUGCAAGCACGUCCGCCACACCAAAGAGUACCUGGACUUUGGCGCCGGUGAGGAGCGGCUCCAGUUUUGCAGCACCAAGUGUCUCAACCAGUACAAGAUGGAUGUGUUCUACAGAGAGGCCAGGGCCACUCUCACCAGCUCCAGCCCAGGAAGACCAACCCAGGAGGGGAGACCCGAGUCCACCGGAGGGGUCCAGAACCAGAAGCUCCUGACCCCUGAAUCAUGGAGCAGCAAUGCUGGGGACGUGAGGGGGACGACCAGGUCGCCCAAAGGUCAGACGCCGAUCAAUGGUACAGCGGCACCAAGGACUGUGUCUCCAUCCGAGGCGUCAUCUUCGUCAUUGAAGGUUAACAUUUCAGGACUGAGGCACCUGGAGAGGCACGUCCUGCCACCACCUGCACAGGUAGCGAGCCACCACCCCGCCCCCCACCCUCCUCACCCCUCCAUGGAGCACCACAAGGCCAUGCCUCAGAUCCCGCUGCCCUUCAUCCGGCCCCCUCUCCACGCCCAGGGCCUGAAGAGCCCCCUGGCCAACCCCCAGGGGCCACCCUGGCCCCCUUCCAGCCCCAUCCACCAGUCCCCCUCACUCCCCCAUCCCCCCCACCAACCCCACCUCCAGCCCCCAUCGGCCACCUCCAUGAACCCACCCGGAAUACACCCCUACCCGGGGGCCUACUUCCCAGGCUUGCACUCCCCCCCUAUCAACAUGAUGGGGCUCCGUGGCCCCGUGCCCAUGCUCCCUAUGAUGAACUUCGGGGGAUGGCCGUCUUUAGGCCCCUUCUUCCCCCAGCCCACGGUCCUGGUGCCCUACCCCAUCAUUGUACCAAUCCCAGUCCCCAUUCCCAUCCCUAUCCCAAUACCCAUACCCCCUAAAUCUGCUCCUCCAGAAGCCCCAGGGGUCCCCCACAGUGGGGUUAUCCAGCCCGUGCCGGAGGGGAUAGAGGGGGGACGCUCCAGGGGUGUCAAUUUGCCUUCUCCCAAGAGCGUGGUGUCCAACAGAUUGGGUAGAACCACCAACCAGGGUCUCCCCUCACCCUCAGACCACCCCAGAAGGGACAUCACAGAUUGGGUGAAGUCAGAGAUGCAGGCUCAGUCACCCAUGUCGAUCCCUCACAGUGCAGUGUCCUCCCCCAGGGCUCGCUACGAUGCUUCCCCAUCUUCCACCUCAGUGAUUGAGGGGCUGUCAGACUUUAAGCUGAGCCAGCAGCAGCAGCCAGAGAGGCAGGUCAUCCAGAGAGUGCUCCAGAGGACCCCGGUCAAGCUGGAGCCCAACCCCCACGGAGUGGUGGACCUGUCGGGUCCGGGUGAGCCCGGAAUGGGGCAAGGCACCAGGCUGGUGGAUACCAGAGUGGACCACCACAACCACCACCAUGACAUUAUCAAACCCACCCCUCCACUAACCCAGUCACCCCCUCUUCUGCACAACACCGCCUACCCCCAGAGCCCUAACAUACGACCCCCUCAGACACCCCACCAACUCCCAGAGGGGAAUGCAGCAGCCCUCCCUGCGAUACCGCCACCCCCUCCCCCUCAACACUCCCAGACGUCCCCAAACAAACAACACCGUCAUCAUCCCCCGAUCCUCCUCCCAGCCCAGACUCCUCCCAGUCUCAGAGAGAGGCCCCGCCUCUUGGCCCUGAAGCCGCCCUCAGUGAGCUGGAGGCAGUCAAAGAGAACAGCUGCUCCAAUGGACAGGUCCAGCUUCCAUCCAUCCCCACCAGCCAAUCAGAGGGGCCCUCGGCCGCUGGCGACUCCGAGGACCCCCACGUCCCAGAUGAGGACCAUGCCUAUGCCCUGCCCACCCCCAACCUUACACCCACCAGAGCGGGCGGUGCCCCCACCAACACCCCCACCACUCUCCUCCUGCCCAAGCUUAGGGACAAGGGUGUUCUACUAUGCCCACCGAGUGUGGCUGGACCUGGGGAUAUGGAGCCUGCUCUGAAGAGACGGUGCCUCCGCAUCCGAGAUCAGAUCAAGUAGGGAAGGGAGCGGUACCAGAUCCAGUGCCCCGCCCUCUUGGGUACAUCACCAGCACCAACGCCCUCCCUCCAACCCAUUACUCAGCCACCUGGGAGAUCAACUCCACCCUUCUUCUGACCCCGACGUGCCAAUCAAGGAAGCAGUCCAAUGGAGGAAGCAGUCCAAUGGGAGAAGCAGUCCAAUGGGAGAAGCAGUCCAAAGAGCUCAAUGUGCACUUCCAGUACAUUCACAGCACAAGAGAGAGAGUGUGUGAGUGUGUGAGUGUGUGUGUGUGUGUGUGUGUGUGUGUGUGUGUGUGUGUGUGUGUGUGUGUGUGUGUGCUGUAUGUACCUUUUAUGUGGCAUUUCUGGACCUUCCCAAGGGACAGACAAUUCCAUCUCUGAUCUCUCCCAUAGUCCAGGAGCCUAUGAAGCCAGCCCAAAGAGCCCACUCAGCCCAGUUCCCAGAUACAAUCCUCAGCCAUAGUCAGGGGCUCUACACUGCACUAGAUGGUAGGCUGCUAGGCUACGAUCAGCAGCCUUGUGUGGUCUUCUCCAAUGGAGACUGAACCUGAUCUCUUUCCUGGGGAAAUGGUUUGUUUUCUCUGCCCGGCUCCACACAAAGAGCCAUAUUGUUCCUCUCCCCCAUAUCCCACACUGACUCUCCUACUCUGGUUUUGGGUUACCUGGCUAACAGGGGCUCAGGCUUCAGGAGGAGUUUGUCUUUUUAAAUUGUUCUGUCUGACGGAGGGCCAGGAAUAUGUGUGUACCCUUCUCCUUCUUUCCUGUCCUUUCCACCCCGCAGUCCCCUCUCCAAUGGUACACACACUUGUCCUAAAGUGUGACUCUGACACCAAUUGCUUGUUAAUGUCCUCUUCCCCUCCUAUUUCCCCCCUCUAUGGACGAGGGGACGAGGGUCAGUUCAGCACAUAUUUCUCUGGUGGUUUUCUGUUUGAAAGAGGGAUGGAGUCCCUUGGGGCAAUGAAAAAUGACAAAAUAAUUAACUGUAAACUAUGUAAUAUGAUAAUGAAAGAGAGUCCCAUAUAUCAUGAAAUCCACUAUUUGUGACUUGCCUGAGACCGGAAGACUUGUGUCAGCUCCCCAAAACUCAUGCCUAGGUUUUGGCUCGAAGGGCUAACAGUCUUGUGGUGUGCCGGAGACCCAGCUUUCGAACCCAGUCAUUUGAUUUACAACACUGACUCGGCCAUGGGACAGAGGUAGAUCAUUUCAGUGUCCAAACCUACUCACUCUGUUGACGCUCUUUAUCUUACUCAGAUGACUCCUUUUGGUGGGUUUGGGCAGUCAUGUUACCAGCCAUGGUAUUAUUUUGAACUGUCAAAGGCUGCAAAAAAGCAGCUAUCAGUAUUACAGUUUCCCCUAGUCUGGGGGUUUAUAAUGAUGAUACUAACUAUAAGCCUGGUCCCAGAUCUGUUCAUGCUGUCUUGCCCACUCUUCUGGUCAUUGUCAUGCCAAACAGCACAAACAGAUCUGGGAUUAGCCUGAAAACGAUCUAGUGGUAGCAUCAUCAUCUGGAGGCCUUGCCAACACUCAUCGUCACAUUGUGAGAAUUCACUUUUAGUUUUUGCUUUACAUAGACUUUGACUUUAUAAUAAUUUAUGAAUGAUGCCUUCAUAGAUCUCCAGAAAGUGCUUUAUUGAUUUUUAUUUCGAUCCUGAUUAUUAUACUGUAUUUGUUUGCGAGUGCCGAAGCUCUUACCAGUGUCCAAAUGUUUUGUUUGAAUUUGUCCACUAGAGUGCAGUGUCUGUCUAUGGAACAUAGCAACUACCUGUCUCAUAUACCUUUAUAUCAAUAGAGUUUUUAAUAGCGUACACAAUUGUUCAUUCAACCAUACAUUUACUGCCAAUUAUAAGUCUUGUCUUUUUUCACGACAGCCCAGUUUCAACAAUGCCUCGAUCUAUGCCUCGAUCCAGCCACAGAACAUCACCUAUUGCCAUCACUAUAGCCAAAGUAGAACAUUGCCACAACCAUAGAAAUACAAUUCCUAGAAGGAUGUCCCCAUUCAAGUCAAUGAGGCCAUAAUGGGUCAUUCUAUUUCUAUGGCCACAACAACAUUGCCAAGUCAUUGGCUGGAAAGCAGACUCCUUGCUACGGGGGAGUGACCACACUGGCUUUCCAGGGUCUUUCUAUAGUCAUGACCUCGAAUAGCCUCCUGACCCACACUCUCCUCUCUCGCACACCCACACAAACACGCACACACAUGCCUCUGCAAUCUCAAAACUGCAUUCCAAAAAGCACGUCAAUCAGCAUGUGUAACCAUGGUGAAAAGUAGCUAAUUCCAGUCAACAUGCUCACCCCAGGUUAUACCCUGUAGUGUCAUUGUAAUCUUAGUCUGGCCAAGGGACUGUGUCAACAACUAUAUGAGUCAGUGGUGGCGUCACUUGGCAUCUCUAUACUAUCAGUCUUGUGAUAUUGGGGAUAGUCCCCUAGCCAUACCUUUAGUGCAGUGUUUCCCAACCCUGGUCCUCCAGGACCCCCAACACUACACAGUUUAGUUGUAGACCUUGACAAACACACCUCAUUCAACUCAUUGAGGGCUUGAUGAUUAGUUGACAAAUGAAUAAGGUGUUCUUGUCUGUGGUUACAAUACAAAUGUGUGCUGUUGGGGGUGUUGGGAAACACUGCUUUAGUGGCCAAGAAGUGAACAAAAAACUGCCAUGGUAUAUUACCCAUCUGCCUAUAGUAAUUAACUCAAACCCUAACCCUAUAGUAUACUACACCUACCAUCACUGUCCCUCACCUGUUUAUUCAAGACUGUGGGGGGGAAAUUGGGAAGAACAAAAAAAAAAAGCUAAGUUGUCUGAAACCCAUAGAUUGUGGACUCGGGACACUCAUUGAACAUGUAAGGCACCGUAUAAUUGACAAUUCACCGAUUGUUUGUAUUUAGGCCUAAAUUAAUAGCAUCAACUGGGAGCUGUUUGGUGGAGACCUAUUUGUAAAGUGAAUAAAGGCUAUUCUGAGAACAACAA